AUGUCGGUGCGACCACCGGCAACACCCGCAGCACACAACUCGCUCUCCACCACCGUAUUCCCGUGUUCACCAGCACUCGGAAACCAGUACGUUGCCGACUGGGAAUGUCGAUUCCAAUGGGACAAAUUUCUUGGUGAAGUCAACAUUAUCCACCACUAUGUUACCAAUGACAAAAACAAAGCAUCUCGAUACGCCAUACCCUAUUCACCCGACUACGAUUGUGUAUUACUCAGAAUGACAACCAACAAGAGAAUAUGGUUAAAACCAAGAGAUUCCAUUCUUUUACAAGUAUCAGGUCCACAUCCAACAAGACCAAGAUCAAUGAUAACAGUUUGUUCGACAGUUUUAUUUGGAGGAUGUCCUCCAAUUCCAGAUAUUAUACGUUCGUCUUGCUCGAUGUUGGCGUGGUUGUUCGAACCGAUAAACGAUGGACAGGAGUCAAAGUUUACACAUAUAUAUUAUAUUUAUACGAUCGAAACUGAAAGAGAUUGCAAAGAAGCAAUCACAACUGACAGAGUUGGAUCAUUUAAAGUCGCUACUUCCAUCGUCGGCGUCGAACUCCAGUCUGUCGUCGCACUCCUCUUCAUCGUCGGCAAUGUCGACUGGCUCAACUGGCCAGUUCAUUACAAAGUCUGUUGGAGCGGGUCGACCCAAGAAACGAUAUAUUUUAACAACAAACUUUUCGAUGCAUCCAAACGAUUGGGCACAAUUCAUAUUGAAUCACAACAAAGCGAGCAAGUGGAAGACGGCGACCAACAAUUCGUUGCCAUCGAGCGUGUUUGUGCUUUACGACCAGAUGAAAGCGACAAACAAGACACGUGGAAAAGGUUCGAAAAAGUUGGUCAUCAAAGCGGUUUUCGAUCUUCCUCAUCCACCCGAACACAUCAAUCUGAUGAUGAUGGAUCGCGAUCUUCGAUGGGAUCCAUUCAUUCACACCAUAAAAUACGCCGACAAGGGCGUCAUCGCUAA